GCGCGCGGGCGGGCGGGCUAUGGCGCAGGCGGGUUGCGGGGCCGGCGCUGGUGGCGGGGCCCGGUGCAUGGCGGUCUGUCGGCGGAGUCGCCCUCGGGGGCUGUCAGACUUGUGACCCAGAAGGAAAUCUCUGACCUCACCUGUGGCUCUUGGUGGUGGCCAGAAGCCAACUUCAUGUCUGAGUGCAUGAGCAGCAGUUUGCCAUGGAGAGCUUGGGUCUACAGACGGUGACCCUUAGUGAUGGGACGACAGCCUAUGUCCAGCAAGCUGUCAAAGGAGAGAAGCUGCUUGAAGGGCAAGUGAUCCAGCUUGAGGAUGGGACCACCGCAUACAUUCACCAAGUGACAGUACAGAAAGAAUCUCUCUCCUUUGAGGAUGGACAGCCUGUGCAACUGGAAGAUGGCAGCAUGGCCUAUAUACACCGCACACCCAAAGAGGGCUAUGAUCCCAGUGCCCUGGAAGCUGUGCAGCUGGAAGAUGGCUCCACUGCCUACAUUCACCAUCCUGUGGCUGUGCCAUCAGACAGCACCAUCCUGGCCGUGCAGACAGAGGUGGGCUUAGAAGAUCUGGCAGCAGAAGAUGAUGAGGGCUUUAGCGCAGACACAGUGGUAGCCCUGGAGCAGUAUGCAAGCAAGGUUCUACAUGACAGCCAGGCUCCUCAUAAUGGCAAAGGGCAGCAGGUUGGAGACAGAGCAUUCCGCUGUGGCUACAAGGGCUGUGGGCGUCUCUAUACCACUGCACAUCACUUAAAGGUGCAUGAACGAGCUCACACAGGUGACCGUCCAUACAGGUGUGAUUUCCCCAGCUGUGGAAAGGCCUUUGCCACAGGCUAUGGUCUGAAGAGCCACGUUCGCACCCAUACUGGUGAGAAACCAUACAAGUGCCCAGAGGAACUGUGCAGCAAGGCCUUCAAGACCUCAGGAGACCUACAGAAGCACGUCCGUACCCACACUGGUGAACGCCCAUUCCGGUGCCCUUUUGAGGGCUGUGGCCGCUCCUUCACCACAUCUAAUAUCCGCAAGGUACAUGUGCGCACCCACACAGGCGAGCGGCCCUACACCUGCCCCGAGCCCCACUGUGGCCGUGGCUUCACCAGCGCCACCAACUACAAGAAUCACGUGCGCAUCCACACAGGGGAGAAGCCAUACGUUUGCACGGUGCCAGGCUGUGGAAAGCGCUUCACUGAGUACUCAAGCCUGUACAAACACCAUGUGGUGCACACGCACUGCAAGCCCUACACCUGCAGCACUUGUGGCAAGACCUACCGGCAGACCUCCACCCUGGCCAUGCACAAGCGCAGCGCCCAUGGCGAGCUAGAGGCCACCGAGGAGAGUGAGCAGGCCCUGUAUGAGCAACAGCAGCUCGAAGCCGCCUCUACAGCUGAGGAAAGUCCACCACCCAAGCGAGCUCGCAUUGCUUACCUGUCAGAAGUGAAGGAAGAGGGUGAUGACAUCCCAGCUCAAGUGGCCAUGGUGACUGAGGAGGAUGGGGCUCCCCAGGUGGCUCUCAUCACUCAGGAUGGUGCCCAGCAGGUCAGCCUGUCCCCAGAAGACCUGCAGGCCCUGGGGAGUGCCAUCAGUGUGGUAACCCAGCACGGCAGCACCACCCUCACCAUCCCCAGCCACAACGAUGACCUGGCCACAUCUGGCACACAUACAGUCACCAUGGUCAGCGCUGAUGGCACCCAGACGCAGCCCGUCACAAUCAUUACCUCUGGGGCUGUGGUGGCCGAGAACUCAAGUGUAGCAUCCCUUCAUCAUCAACAGGUGGCGCUGUUGGCCACAGCCAACGGAACGCACAUAGCAGUGCAGCUGGAGGAGCAGCAGACCUUGGAAGAGGCUAUCAGCGUUGCCACUGCUGCCAUGCAGCAAGGGGCCAUGACUCUGGAGACAGCAGUGUCGGAGAGUGGUUGCUGAGCCCUAGGGCUGGCUCCCACUUAUGCUGAAGGAGGUGCUGUGCUUCACAGGCGGCUCUGCCUCCAAGGGCCCCAGCUGUGGCUGAAACAUGGAAGGUGGCCACAUAGGUCUCGGGUGAGACAGCAGCAGGAAAAUGGUCUAACUGAAGGGGAUGGGGGCCCUACACAAGAAGGGCCAGGCAGUGGGAAUUGGGAGUGUGUCAUCCUCAGGAGCUGAGGAGCACAAGCCUGAUCACCAGGCUGCCCUGGGCGCCCACUCUCCUCCCUUUGGAGAACACCCUUCCCACCUUCAGUCCAUAACCCUUCUCAGGUGGAGUUUGGGGCUGCAGUGGGGACUGGCCUCUACCAUGACUGGUGAUGGCCUACCAGGGGAGCUAAUAGCUCUUCAGCCCAGUGGGGGCAGAGCAGGCCUAGCCCUGCCCCUCCCAGCAAUAACCACCUCCCCAGAGGCCAGCAGAGAUGCCUGGCCACUUGGCACUAGGGACUUCCUGCCACCACAGUAAGAAUAAAUUCCUCAGGGGCCUGUGGCUGGAGUAAAGGUGCCCAGCUCCCACCACCCAGCAACCCCCCAACCUCUCAGUGGCAGAGAGGCAGGGAGUGGCCUUGUACAUAGAUUGCUGGGGAUUGGGGUUAAUUUGUUUUGUGUGUGUUUUUUUUUAAUUCUAUUUUGAUAAUUAUUAUUUUUCCCUGCUCUGGGUGGCGAUGGCAAACAGGUGAAUGCGUAUUUAAUAAAAGUUCCAAGUUUCCA